CGCCUGAAGCAAGGGUCUCACCUUGCCUCAUAGCAGAAGCGGCCCUGCAGACACUACCGUCAAUUCGCCCGAAAAUCUCAUCCGCAGUUACAUCAGCAAUUCACUAACAGGCGUAAUGAAUUUGCACCUGGCAAAGUGGCGCGGAGUGUGGCGAAGCGGUUGAUGGUGAAAAUUUGCACUUUAUUGAAUUUGCCCCUUGGUGUCAAAGAUACUAGUAUAUACCAGGCCUGGUCAUGUCGAUGGUUUUUCACUGAUCAGAUAAAAUCAGUAAAAUCAUCUGGCAAAUAUUUUUAUGGCAAAAUUGCCAUAAAAAUGUAUAUAAUUAAAAAAAAAGGGGUGGGUUUAAUUUCUGGUGCCAAUAUCUCUUUACGGUAAUAUACUCAGCAAGAAAUAUUUAUAUAAAAGAAAUAAUAAUUUUAAACUGUAUUACUGGGCAGCUUUCUGCAAUCAGUUAAUUACAUAAUCUCUCUUUUGCCCAUAAAUGGAUGUAUGACUGUGCUGUUUAAGAACCUAAAGACAAAACUGACGAUCAACCCCCUCUUUAGAAACUGACACCCAAGAAAAGGUUUACAAGAAAGAUUUGUCACCCAGCAGUCAUAAAUGUCACCUAGGGAAUGGUCACAUUAAAAAGAGAGGCGUUUCUGAUUUCUGCAAGACAGCGACAAACUGUUGUCAUCACUUAUGUUCGGAGUGAUUUGAUAAGAAAUCAGAAAAAACAGAACUGCUUUCUGCUUGUGGUUAGGAUACAUCUCUCCCUGUACGACGCACUUCCCCUUAGCGUGGGCCUGCUCUCUACUGCCUACAAUGAUGUGUGGCUCUUGCACAAAUCCUGGCAUACACUAGUCCCCUUGUCCAAUUGAUGGUGUUUUGUCUGGAGAAUCUGGCAGAUUGUACUUGGUGCUUCAGCUCUGAAGAGCGUUUGACUAGGGUUGGAGAUUUUUAAGCUGAUUUUAAGUCCCCGAAUACAAAUAAUGAAGAACUUCCUCUACCUCUUUCUCUUGAACUGGGCAGCUGUCACUGAAUCAAUGUUACACACAAGUGCAAGGAACCAAAACCAGGAGAAUAAAAUGGAGUUCCAUUUGAAUAAUUCUAAAAUACAUUGGAAGGUCCUAGGAAAAAUCAACAGAUCUAAAAGAUCUUCUGCUGAAUCGUGCAAUGGAAAUGCCACUUUGUUUUAUGACCAAGCUGUCAGGUAUUGCUGUAAAAAGUGCCCAGCAGGGGAAUAUGUUGGCACUCCAUGUUUAUUUCCUGGAGGAGAGUCAAAAUGCAUAGCAUGUGGAUCUGGAACUUACCUGGAGCAUCCAAACUAUUUAUCCAGAUGUCGAGCCUGUCACUAUUGUCAUAUCGAGACUCAGAUUAUAGCAAAGAACUGCUCAGCUACUGCUAAUACCCAGUGCAAAUGUAACGAGGGAAGAUACAGAAAAGAAGAACAAUGCCUUACCUGCACAAAAUGCGUAAACAGAGAAACACUUAGGAACUGUUCACAGAAUAAAGACGCAGAGUGCGGUCAGUGCUUGUCUGGAUUCUACGAAGAUCAAGACAAAUGCCAGCCUUGCCCUCAAACAUUGCAGAAACCGUGUGAAAAUCAAACAGAUGUCACUUGCACUAUACUAUGUAGUCCAUUAAGUACAGUUUCAGAGAAUCUGUAUGUCAGGUGCAGUUUGAUUGGAGUUCUGGCUGUUUUACCAUUUGUAUUUCUUCUUUACUGUUGCAAAAGAAAAAAGGAUUCUUUGGGUAAGACAGCAGAAGUUGUAUAAUAAUACUUCCUGUAAUAUUAAUUUUCCACGCUAAAUAUUUUAAAUUACAAUGGUAGGCCAUGCAUGUUUGUGAAUCUGUCCAUGUAAAUUAAAUAAAGGGGCCAUGAGAACAAGAUGUAAAAUCACAAUCUUAGUCCUGGUCUGUGACUACUCUACCUGCUGUUGCUGUUAUCGUACACAUAACUUAUUUAUUAUUAUUAUUAUUAUUAUUAUUAUUAUUAUUAUUUUUAUUCUAUUAAUUUAGAAAGCACCAACACAAUCCACAUGUUCCACUUCAUAAAGACAUAUUAUUAUUAAAGGAGAACUAAAGCUUAAUUAAAGAAGUAGCUAGAAAUGUUGUACAUUAA